AUGCACAGCAAGACAUUGGCGAUUCUCCACGGCAUUCAACUUUUCUCGGUUCUCAUUGUGGUAGUGGCCUUUGCUUCAUUUCCUCGACGCCCAGAUAUCUACCAUAAGGAACAGCUUGUUGACCAACAAAAGGCGGUGUCACUACUUUCUCUGCUGUCGUUCUCCUGGAACCUCAACAUCUUCAAGGCCGCAGAGGAGAGGCAACUGGGAACGGCAGAUCUGCCCAGGUUAGAGUUCAUCACGCGUUCAGAGAAUAUCCAGCAAAAUUUCACCGAAAACAAAAAGCCGGGCCGUUUCUGGCAACAACUGCUCAGGUUCAAUGCGCGCAACUUGGCACGUCAAUGGGCAUUGGCCUUGUUGAUAGCCAUCUUGUCGAUAUUUCCCCAGAUCGUGCUCUACAACUUCAUUUCCAAGAUAGAAAAGGGAACCCAGCAGCACUCGCCCAAAGACCCCAUGUUGCUGGUCUGGGCACUUGCUUUGUUUCUUACACAGGCACUGCAAGUUGGUGCCACGAAUUGGCUGAAAUGGAUUACCGAAAGCAGAAUGGAUAUUCCCCUUGAGUCGUUGGUGCAGACUCUGGUGUUUGCCAAAGCUCUCAAGCAGUACGAUACCGUCAGUCCAGGGCAAGACGGUAACGGCCAGCCGGACGCUAUGCUGAAACCCAAAAAGAAGAAGGAUGGGGAGAAGGGACAAUCGGCCUACAACCUGUUAAAGGUUGACAGUUCUCGCGUCACCAACUUUUGUCAAUGCAACAGCGACCUGCCCAUGGCCGCUUUCAAGCUUGCUCUCGCCAGCGCCUUCCUUAUCCGCUUGAUGGGAUGGUUACCUGUCCUGUCUGGACUUAGUGCUGCCAGUCUAGCCAUCCCCCUCAAUCUCCACCUGUCAAGGAAGCAACGAGACCAGAACUUUGGUUUGAUGCGAGUCCGAGAUUUCAAAGCGCACUUGCUGGCCGAGGCGUUGCUGGGAAUGCGCCAGAUCCGGUACUCGGCCCUUGAAGACUUUUGGGAGGACAAGAUCCUGGCAAGCAGAGACGAUGAGCUCAAGCAGUACUGGAGGGUGGCACUUGGGAAGUGCCUCAUCUUCUUCACCGUCAACAUUGCACCUCUGUUGCUGGCCAGCGUUACCUUCACGGUCUAUGUGUGGCAACAAGGGUCCCAUAUCAAAGCGUCGGUCAUCUUCACGGCCCUCGGGUUGUUUGACCAGCUGGAUGAUGCAGUAACGCUUUUGCGAAAGGUGCAAGUCAACCUAGUUGAAGCGUGGGCAAGUGUCUCAAGACUGGACAAAUACUUUGGCCGUCUUGACAAGCAAGAGGUCACUAUGCCAGGGAGUUUGGUCGCUUUCGAGGACGCUACCGUGGCUUGGCCCCGACCUGAAGAUACCGAUGAGGUCGGAGAUGCUCAGGCGUCGCCUCGAGGAGCACAUUCGAUACUCAAAGAUAUUAACGUGAGGUUCCCGCCUGGUGAGCUCAGCGUCAUCGCGGGCAAGACCGGCUCCGGCAAAAGCCUCCUCCUCGCAGCAAUCGUAGGCGAAGUCAAGCUCAUAGCGGGCGACAUCUACGUUCCUUCCGCACCGGAGCCGAGUGACGACGAGAAUAUCCGAGACCAAACCUGGAUUAUACCCUCCCUGACCUGCUUUGUGUCCCAGACCCCUUGGAUUGAAAGCGGCACGGUCAGGGACAACAUCCUCUUUGGCCUGAAGUUCAACCGCCUCCGCUACCGAAAAGUUCUUUGCGCUUGCGCCCUGGAGAAAGAUUUGCAUCUUUUGGUUGAUGGUGACCAAACAGAAGUCGGACCCAAAGGCGUUUCGCUGUCCGGCGGGCAGAGAUGGAGAAUAGCCCUCGGCCGCGCCCUGUACUCGCGUGCCGGCAUUAUCGUCAUGGAUAAUAUCCUGAGCGCUGUCGACACGCAUGUGAGCAGGUUGAUAGUCGAGGAGGCGCUCACGGGAGAGUUGGCCGUCGGAAGGACCAGAAUUCUAGCGACCCAUCAUGUCGAUCUUGUUCGCCCGUACGCCAGCUGUCUGGUGCGUCUCAGGGGCGGGCGCCUCAAGUCUGUUGUGUACAAGGCUCCCGAAACCCAGAACUUGACACCUACGACUGCGGUAUUUGAGCCUGGUAGCCUACCAUGGGCUAGACCUGACAACGGAGCAAGCUCGUCUUCCAGUUCGACCACAAGGGUUAUUGAGAGGAGACAAACUGGCGAGGAAAAGAGAGCUGUUGGAUGGGUCAAAUGGGACGUGUACAAGGCAUACUAUAAGGCCAGCGGUGGUGCCCUGAACUGGGCUCUAGGCAUGGCUGUGCUCUUUGUUGGUCACGGUCUGGGUAUUGUUCGUACCUGGAGUCUCAAGGAGCUUGCUCAAAGGGCUGCUCAGCUGACUUUUGGAUACGCUGCUGACCAUCAUAUGCCCUGGACCUCCAAGCUCAGCAUUCGCUUUUGGAUCUCAACAUAUGCUCUAGUUUGCUUCCUCGUCGGUGUUUCUCAAAUCGCCCGCGAUGUUGCCUUCACCCUCAUCGGAAUGAGAGCCUCGAGGAAGCUGUUUCAACAGCUCACACAUGCAAUCCUCCGGGCGCCCAUUAGAUGGAUUGAGACCGUACCGGCAGGUCGCCUUAUCAACCGCUUCACCUCGGACAUGUCAGUCGUCGAUAAACCGCUGGCCACCCCGACGUUUACGUUCCUACAAGCAGCCGUCCUCCUGAUGAUCAUCGUCGUAACAUGUUCCUCCGUCUCGCUAUCAAUCCUCUUCUUCGUCAUACUUCUCUUCGCCCUCUACGUAUACAUCGCGAGCAACUUCAUACACGUCGCCAGGGAAGUCAAACGCCUCAAGUCCGUCUCCAACUCCCCGAUCUACGACCAAUUCAGCUCCGUGCUGUCCGGGCUAACGACCAUUCGCGCCUUCAAACGCACACAGUCCUACACCAACAACUUGUACCAACUGAUCGACGCCAACAGCUCUGCGAACUGGGCGCAGCAGCUCCUGAAGAGAUGGAUGGGUUUCCGCAUGGGCAUGCUCGGCGCCGUCUUUGUCACUGUCGUGGCCAGUGCCGUGGCAUUGGGUGGUGUGGACGCUGCGCUCGCGGGAUUCAGCUUGUCUUUUGCCUUCCGUUACACGUCUGCGCUCACGUCUCUGCUGGAGGCCGUGGCUGCGCUGGAAUUGGGAUUCAACUCGUGCGAGAGGGUGUUGGAGUACAUCGAGGUUGAGCGUGAAAGUGAACAGGGUCUGGACGCCCCUGCGGCCUGGCCGGCCGAGGGGAGAAUCGAAGUCGAGAACCUCACUGCCUCGUAUGCCCGCCAUCUUCCGCCUGUCUUGUCUGAUCUCAACUUCCGUGUUGGAGCUGGCGAGCGGGUUGGGAUCGUUGGGCGGACAGGCGCGGGCAAGUCAACGCUUGCUUCUGUUCUUUUCCGUCUUCUGGAACCCAGCAGAGGCUCAAUCCGCAUUGACGGCCUCGAUAUUUCCACCUUGAAGCUGACACAGCUGCGAAAGAGCCUCGUCAUUAUCCCCCAGGAUCCAUUCCUGUUCUCAGGCACCCUACGUUCCAACCUAGAUAUGGAAGGCCGUCUAGACGACACAGAGAUAUACGACGCCCUACGACGUGUCAACCUAAUCGGUUCAACCUACAGCAAUAUGAGUUACCCACCAUCAGUUUAUACACCGGUGAUGGGUCCCAGCACAGCCGUCUCUACCCACCCAAACACAGCCGCCACCACACCGCUCCUGGCACCUGUUGUUGUUCCCCCAACCGUCGAUAUCACAGUCGAGCCCGCGCUCGAAGAAGUCGACAUGUUCGACGACAUCCACACCCUCGGCGACAACCGCGUCCAAAUCACCCCUUUCGUUCUCGACACCAACGACAACGACCCCCUCGACCUCCUCACCUUCGAUCCCCCUCCCGAAGAUCCAACACCCGUCACCUCCCUCCCCGAAGUCGAACACCCCCCCACAGCCGAGCCCGAGCCCUCAGCACCAGAAGAAGAAGAAGAACCCCUCUCCCCACCACCCGUAACCCUUCCCGCCCUUCUCCUCCCACUCCCCCCCUCCCCAGCCAUCUCCGCCAUCUCCACAACCGCCAGCACCGCCAAUACCAACACCACGGGUAACCACCGCGUCAACCCCUUCACCAACCUCUCCCACCCCAUCACCACAGGCGGCUCCAACCUCUCGCAAGGCCAGCGGCAGCUCGUCUGCCUCGCGCGCGCUUUGCUCACCCGCCCCAACAUCAUGGUUUUGGACGAGGCCACGUCGGCCAUCGACCAGGCGACCGACGCGGCCAUCCAGCGUUCGCUGCGCGAGUGCAUUGAGGGGCAGGGCACCACGGUGCUGGUGAUUGCCCAUCGGCUGUCGACGGUGGCGGAUUUUGAUAAAGUGCUGGUGCUGGAUAAGGGGCGGGUGGUGGAGUUUGGGGCGCCGGGUGAGUUGGUGAGGAGAGGGAUUGAGUGGGAUAGGGAUGGGCGGAGGGCGGAAAGGGAGGGGUAUGGAGAGGAGGAGGGUGGUGGUGCUGGUGCUGGUGAGCACGGUGAGAGGGUGGCGGAGAGGAGUGUAGGUAGUAGUGAGUAUUUUGGGGAUGAUGAAGGUUCGGGGGAGGAUGGGGAAGAAGGCGAGAUGAGUACGUUUUGGGGGCUGGUGAAGAAAAGUGCGGAACGGGAUAGGUUGGUGGAGAUGAUUCUUGGGGGGAGUUCGUGAAGACAGAAGUCUAGGGAUAAGGCAUCCGCACAGUUGGGCAAGUAAAAGGUUGGGAAGGAACCGAGCACGAGAAGGAAACUGAAGGGAAAUUCAGAAUCUUUGGGUAGCUGAUGAGACUGGUGGGGGGUUCCGUGAAUUAGCGUUGCCUUAUACAGCUUUGCCAUGUUGAAUACUAUAUAUUCCGCGACUGAUUAAUUUUGUAAAAUUGGUGAUGCUGUGUAUCACGCUAGACAUUACAUAAUGUCUAUGUUAAGGAUCUUGAUGUCCUCCA